CCGGCCCGGCCCGGGGUGGCCGCCAUGCCGCGGUACUGCGCCGCCACCCGUUGCAAGAACCGCGGCGGCCAGAGCGCCAAGGACAAGCGCAAGCUCAGCUUCUACCCACUCUGCAUGGAGCAGUCGCCAUCCCAGGCCUGCAGUGACCUCUGCCCCGCUGUGGUUACGUGGCUGUCGCUUCCCAGGAUGGUGAGUUAUAAACAUUAUUUCACAAUCCUGAGAGAAGCACAGUGCAGAUUCCCACUUCAUGACAAAGAGAGACUUGAGAAGUGGUUGCGGAACAUGAAGCGGGACUCCUGGACUCCAAGCAAGCACCAGCUCCUGUGCAGUGACCAUUUCACCCCCGAUUCCCUGGACGUGCGGUGGGGAAUACGCUACUUGAAAAACACCGCUGUGCCCACCAUUUUCUCUUCCCCAGAUGAUGAGGAAAAAGAUUCUUCUCAGAACAGUUCACAGCAGGUACAGAAAAAAGACCAGGAAGAAACAAAUGUUGUGUCAGAGAAAGUGUCUGUACCACUUGAACCUUGUACACCAAAGAAAAAUUCUGUAAUUGCACAAAAUGUAGAGGAAAAGGCAGAAGUGGUUUGCUCAACUGCACUGAGUGAACCUUUACAAAUUCAAAACCUGCAGCUUCCACAUGAAGGUGGCUUUCAGGCAGACCAUGUCAUCCUUGACAGUUCAUCUAGGCAGUACCUACAUCAGCCUAAUCCUGUUCUAAUGACAGCAGCAGUCCAGGGCAUGGAGGCUACCGGUGUUCAUACUUCUAUAGAGGAUUCAGGAGGUUGUACAGCUACAGUCCUGCAGUUUACAGACUCUGACUGCUUGAAUUCAUCUCUGAAACUGAACAGUGCUUUAGGGUUGGUUACUGACUAUGCAGUUGAGAAUUCUGUCCCUCACGUGGUCUGUUCUGAAGUGCAGACAAGUGAAGAUGCAGUUUUACUGAGUACAGUCACACAAACUAUUGAACAGUUCAGUGGAACUGAAGAGUCUGUCAUUGCUAUUAUUAUGCCAGCUGAGAGUCCUGAAGAGCCUGAAAGAGUAAAUACUUCUUGUCUGCCUGUUAAGGAAGAGUUUCUUGACACAGAGGAGACAGAAGUGAUUGGAUAUGAUGGAAAUGAAAUACUGCAGACUGAGCAUUCAUAUUGCAGACAAGACACAGACAGAGAUCACCUUUGGCAAAAAAUUUCAAAACUCCACUCUAAGAUAACUUUACUUGAAAUGCAAGAGGUAAAAACUUUGGGGAGACUCAGGUCCUUGGAAGCUCUUAUUAGACAAUUGAAGCAAGAAAAUCUGCUUUCUGAAGAAAAGCUGAAGUUGGUAGAAAACUACUUUACAACACUUGAAGUGACUGUGAUACAGUAAAGAUUUUAAGUUGAUGGUUCCCAAAUAUCUGUUUAACCUCUUUGACUGUACUUUUGGACAAAUUAACUUUUUUUCCAGUUGUGGUGUUUUAAACAUCUAAUGAAAAUCAUGUGAAUAGCAUUCUUUGAAAUGUUACAUCAAACAAAGCUAAGUGGUAGAAUGUUGUCUGUAAAACAUGACUGGCAAGUAAAAUUAAAAAAAAAAACCAAAUUGGGCAAAGUUUCCUUAAAUGUGUGAAUCAAGUCAGUAAAAGAUAAUUUAACCCUUUCUUAGCUGCAGGCUUCUCUGAAACAUGCAAUGCCUGCAUUGGGGACAGCAGUAGAAUGGACAGAAUAAGCAUACAGGAUGAACAAUUAUAUAUGUACAUUGUCAUAUGCAUUGUCCAGUGAGGUCAAAAUUGCUCUUUAGUUUUCUGUUCCUAUAACAAUUCUUCUGAUAGUUUUUUGUAUGCUUUGAUUUUAUUAAAAUUGUUUCUGCAUAAA